AUGGCUCUGUCUUCAACGCAGAUUGUUUACUCGGAGGGCAUCUUCCACGGUCUUCCAAGCUAUUCAGAUACUCCGGAGCUCAAAAAUCUGACAGCCAUCGUCACCGGUACUAACGGUAUCUCUAGAUAUCAUAUAGUUAAAGUCCUCGCUCAAUCUCCCCAAAGAUGGACCAAGAUCUAUUGCGCUUCUCGUCGACCACCUCCGGACUACUUCUUUGCCGAGCUAGGAGCUGGUAUGGAGCGUGUAGAACAUUUAGAGGUUGACUUUCUCUCCGACCCGAGCGCGAUUGCUGAGGUCUUGAGACGUGUUCCAAAGGUCGAUCAUGUCUUUUUCUUCUCGUACAUGCAACCAAAGCAAGAAGGUAACGUCCUUGGAAUGYGGUCUAACGCGGAUGCAUUGGCCGAAGUGAAAACAAAACUCCUCGCAAACUUCAUCGGGGGCUUGAAGCUUUCCGGUCUCCAACCGAAGCGGUUCCUCCUCCAGACCGGCGCAAAGCACUACGGCUUUCACAUUGGGCCAGCUACCAGCCCGUCAUUCGAGAGUGACCCCAGGGUAGGACUUGAAAGCAACUUUUACUAUCCUCAAGAGGACAUCCUGCAGAAGUACUGCAGAGAGACUGGAGCUGGUUGGAACGUCGUCAGACCUUCAUACAUCAUUGGCGCUGUCAGGGAUAAUUUUUUAAACCACAUGGUGGGACUGGCUGUAUAUUGUUCAAUCCAGGCACAUCUAGGCCAACCUAUUGCCUUCCCAGGUGACUAUAUCGCCUGGGACAGGGAAUAUUGCCAGAGUUCCGCCAAGCUGAAUGCUUAUCUGGAAGAAUGGGCAGUUUUUAAGUCCACAAGCUCGUAA